AUAGGGGUGGGGGAGGCUCUGUACUAGCUGAGACUCUCUUGGUUUCAUCCCAGGUGUUGAAAGGGACCUACCCCACUCCCUGGUGUCCUGCCCCAGCCCUGUAAUUACAGUGCUUCCCCAUGCCUGGUUGCUCCCAUUUCUUGGUUUCCACUGGCUUCGAGGAAUGAAAGGUGGAAGUCCCUGUGAUUACGGAGAUGACAGGCAGGCACUGAUUGCUGCAGGAUGUGUAUGAGCAGGAUAUGAAAACAGGUGGGGCAACCAAGGUCUAGAUCAUUCAGAGCUGGGUUGGCUGGGCCCUGAGCUGGGGAAUAAAAUAAGGGACGCCAACCUCAGAGGUUACACAUCAGCUAUGGCCUUCCAAACGUGUUUGACCAGUUAGGUUCUGAUAGGAUUCUCUGUGUCACUGGGCUGGCCCCUCCCCAGAAAUUGGCUUCCUCCCCUCUUGCCUCCCCUAUAAAGCCUGUUGGGAUUCCCAGGCAGCCAGUCUCAACCCACCCCUGACUUUGGGGGCCAGGAGACAGCCAAGAUGCUCAACUGGAAGCUACUGGGGAUCCUGGUCCUUUGCCUGUACACUGGAGGCAUAUCAAGCAGUGGAGACCACCUCUCUCCGACACCCACAGAGGUUGGACAGGAGGAGGGUUCCCCAACAUUGCCUCAGGGUGCCCCAAUCCCCGGUGACCCCUGGCCAGGGGUACCCCCUAUCUUUGAGGACCCUCCACCUCCAGGCCCCAGUCGUCCCUGGAGAGACCUGCCUGAAUCUGGAGUCUGGCCACCUGAGCCUCCUAGAACUGAUCCGCCUCACACUCCUCUGCCUGAUGAUCCCUGGCCAGCAGGAUCCCAGCCUCCAGAAAACCCCUGGCCACCUGCCCCUGAAAUGGACCAUAGGCCUCAGGAGGAGCCAGACCUUGAUCCACCCCGGGAAGAGUACAGAUAACCAGAUCCCCCGAGAAGCCACCCAAGCCCGUGUCUACCCUCUGAUUCCCCUGAUUUCUCCCUGUCUUCAUUCCCUCAAUUGUAUUCUGAACACCAAAGGUGCACUCUCAAUAUUUUCUAUCCCCUUCUGAGAUCCAUACUUGGUCCCCACAUUUCCCUUUGUUUUUUCUCUGACAGCACAAACAUACAUUCUAACCUUGGUUCAGUCAUCUCAUCUCCACCUCCUCUUCCACCCUGGGGCUCCUGGGACCUGCCGCCCCCACCCCCUCCCCACCCCCGCCUCACCCCUCUGUGUUCUCUGCUGCCACCUGGUGGUCUACUGCUGGGAACCUUCUGGAGACGAUGGUGCUUCCAUGAAAUGAACAAAAAAACCCCAUGUUUUCUAGGCUGCUUCUUGCCGGUGAUUAGGUCCCUCCUCAUAGUCACACACCUACAGAGAUGUGGAUGUAAUCUGAGUUCUGGCUUACCAGUAUGCAUCAGGAUGUGGAGCUCAGUUGCAGGGGGGUUAGAAAUGAAACUCAGCGUUUCAAGGGCGUUCAGACCCACAUUUACAGAUUUCUGGACCCUAAUUUUGAAGAAUGAGAAGUCAAGUUAAGUCUCUAUUCAAUAUCUCAUCCUUUUUGCGUACCCCUGGUGAGAAAUGGAAACAUUCCCAGGAGCAUGUGCACAGGACUAAGUUUUAAGGGGAUCAAUUAUCAUAAAUAUAUGUUCCUGUUUUCUAAAAUAAAUCUGUCGGAGAACUUGUUCUUCAUACCUACCUCCAGUCACAAAUCGCCCUUCUACAAGACAGAGAAAGUCUGAGCUCUCUCACCCAUCCAGAACCUCACCAGAGAGCUCUUCCCGGAGCCACCAAACUGAAGUUUACGGGAAUAGAAAUCAGCUUUUGCCAACUCAAUGAGAGAUGCAUUUUAAAUAAAAGUUUGUUCUAUUUAACCACA